AACACAGUUUUAACACAGAGACAGAGAUCAAACGUGCGUCGUGUCGUCCGACUGUGGGUGGGUCAGAAUUUUAUAGAACCAACUGGAUACAGUCAUCAUGCCAUCACCAAAAGAAGAAUACUCAAACGGGUUGUCAUCUAAUUCUAAUGGAAUGAAAAGUACAAAGAGAACCAAUUAUCUGGAAUGGCAAGAGUACUUUAUGUCCAUCGCAUUUCUCAGUGCUCAGCGCAGUAAGGAUCCAAGAACACAGGUAGGAGCAUGUAUUGUCAACAAGGACAAUAAGAUUGUCGGAAUCGGCUAUAACGGGAUGCCAAUGGGUUGCCCUGAUGAUAUGAUGCCAUGGAACAGAGCUGAAAAUGACUCGAAGGAAAAAUGGUUACAGAGCAAGUCUCCAUAUGUUUGUCAUGCUGAGCUAAAUGCUGUGCUGAACAAGAACCUUGCCGAUGUGAUAGGCUGCUCUAUUUAUGUGGCUCUCUUCCCAUGCAACAUGUGUGCUCAAAUCAUCAUACAGUCUGGCAUUCGGGAAGUGGUCUACUAUUCAGACAAGUACCACAACAAACCAGAGUUUGUGGCUUCACGAUUUUUGAUGGACACUGCGGGUGUGAAGUACAGGCAGUUCAGGCCCCGACAGAAGAAAAUUAUCAUUGAUUUUGAGCUGAUCGAAACCACCGUCUCAGAAAUACCUACCAUGCCAGUUGUAAAUAAUUUCAGUAAUGCUGACACCCUUAUUGAGGAAAUGGCAAUACGUCAGAGGAUCUCUGAGUCCAAUGUGCAGGACAAAGCAAAUAACAACAACAGUUUCACAGAGAAAGAAGCUGCACUCAGGAGUCGGCCAGAGUUACAUUCUCAACAAGACACUGAACACUUGGCACAGCACCACAGUUCUGGGGAACUUUUGCCACAGUCAAGCCCACGAGUGAGAGUGAUGCAUGGUGACACCCAGUCGCAGUCUGAGAGGUUGUCAGAAGGUGUCAGGUCAAGGGGCUCCGGUGCAGAAUUUGAUUAUGCUUUCACAUCCCUAUUGUUUCUCUUGUUCCUCUCAUUGUAUACUUGGUUCAUGUCUAGAUGAAGUUGAAUUAUAUGCUGGUGAUUGGAAUAUGUCACUGGUACAUCCUUCCUAUUUUUUAUCUGUUUUUUGUGCCUGUCUAUCUUACUUUUGCCCUCACUAGAUGACUUUCGUUGGUAAGAUCACUGGUCGAGUGGUAUGCUUCUUUUUACUCCGAGUAGUAACUUACAUUGUGCCUGCCAUCAUUACACAAGAUACAGUUAGUGACGAGUGCUUUAAUUUUUAAAAAUAGUUUUUGAGCUGAGAAUUUGGCUGCCAAUAUCAUAUAUAUAUAUAUGUUAGUGUUGGUAAAGAAUUCAGACUGAAGUUUCCAAGGUUCCCAGUAAGAAUCUUUUGUCAUCUACGGGUGAUAUAGUUAGAAAUGCCGAGCAGGAUGGGGUGGGGGGGAUUCUUGGCAAUCCAUCUGCAUGUAAUUGAAAUGGGAAUGGACUAGGGUAGAGAAUAGUAUGGUUGUGAAUCUGAUUUAGUUUAAGUUGCUGGUGUUUAUGAUUGUUUGCGGGAGUACAAUCUCUUCAUCCUAUUUUUUUUUUAAGUUUUCCCAUUUUUUCUUUGGCCCUAGAAUGGCAAAGAGGAGCAGAAGCUAUUUCUUUGCAGGCAGGGAAGUGUAAAAAUGUUUUUGGUUUUUUUAAGGAAGAAAGAAUCUCAAUUGAAUAAGAUAGAUAUUUGAUGAUUACUUCUGUACUGUAAAAUUUGAUAAAGAUGCUGUAAAAUAAUUAGCAUAGCAAAAUAAAUGUCCAUUUUUAU